AAGGAAGCAGCGACAGUGGGAUAGAAAGAACUAACUUAACGUUAGACACAGAAAUAGAUAUAAAUGCACAUUUAGCACUGGAACUAGCUACAUGGUUACUUCAUAAGUUCCACAAUUAUUCAUCAGCAGGUUGAACUGUAUUAUAUUUAAUAUGUGGUUGUUUUGUUUUCGUGACUUUAACCACUAAAAGCUAUGUCGAAAAGCAGCUAGCUGGCUAGCAGCGGUGCUAAUGACACACAUUGAAAUGGUGCAGAACAUGUUCCGGACCGGGUUUCUGGUCCGGGCCACACACACCUUGCUCACCUGGGUCACAACCCUCAUACUGUUCCUGCACAACACCGCAGCAGCCAAUGAGAGCGAAGCACUGUCAAACGUGUAAACGCUGCGUUCGUCGCUUCGACCACCACUGUCCCUGGAUCGAGAAUUGUGUGGGAGAGAGGAACCACCGCUGGUUCAUCGUCUACCUGCUGGUGCAGCUGCUCGCUCUGCUGUGGGCUCUUCACAUCGCUCUGUCUGGCCUCUCUCCCAGCAGCACAUGGGAGGUGUGGUUCAGAGUGAACGGGUUCCUGUUGGCGGCGCUGGCCGUUAUAGGUGUUUUCUCUGUGGUGGUGGUGCUGCUGCUGGGCUGCCACCUCUACCUGGUCUCCAUCAACUGCACCACCUGGGAGUUCAUGUCACGUCACAGGAUCUCGUACCUGAAGAACUGCGGAAACGAGGAGAACCCUUUUGACCGAGGAAUCUUCUGCAACCUGUGGGAUUUCUUCUGCAUCUGCAGGACGGUGAUGUGGGAGCAAAUGUACCACAAACACGUCAUAAAUUCUGUCUGACCUCGCUCAGACUAGACGGCACUACAUCGUCUGCACAGGGGUCAGACACGACUUUCAGGGCAAGAGUUUUUCAAGUACAAACUAAUUUUUCUACAAAAACCUCUUAACUAUGCUAGCAGCGUGGCAUUAGAGAUGGUAAUGUCGGUCCACCUCUUUGGUCCUGACUAAAAUAUCUUCAAUAAACAUGUUUACAGCCUGGUACAAAAAACAGAUUUGGUCUCUAUAGUUAAAUUAGAGGGGGGUGAAUUGUAUAUAACUCACCUGUUUGAAUUAUAUCAAGGCUUUAAAGUUAUCCAUAAAUAAGGGAAUGGCUGCUUUCAGUGACAGGUGGGUCUCAACUCCCCCCAAGAUCUACGUCUUUGCCCGUUUUUGGAGCAUGUUUGUCGUGACAGGCUGCUGUCAGCUCAGGAGUCACUCACUGGACAGCAGUAGAGGAGGUGGUACCAGCAUUUGGUUCAAGAGUAGCUCAGCCAUCUUCACUAGCAUUCAGAAAAAAACUAAACGAGCCGUGAUGCCCACAGUGACACAGCAAAAAAAAAAGGAAGUGCAGUGAUUUGAGUGAAAAAAUGCGACUUUAAGAUACAGCUGUGCCGUUUUCUCGAACACCACCCUGAUGUUCACUGAAGUGGGUUUAAAUUCAUCUGGUUCAAACAUUCACGCUGUCCUCAGGAUGAAUUGUAAUCACUGUGGCCGUCCUCUGACUUUUCAUAGAGCGCCACCAUCAGGUUAAAGUCUAUAACAUAUAGGACCAAAUACCCACUAAACUUAAUUCCCAUCAGCCUCAGCUGUCCCUUUUGUUUAAUGCCAAUGAUCAAAUAUUAGUACCAUAUGCUAACAUACUAAACCAACAUACGUUAGCAUACGUCAGCAUGUUAGCGUGCUAAGCAAUGCUAGUGGCUCACAGAACCACUAGCAUGACUAGUCUUGUUUUUCAAAAUAAUCCAAGCUUCUUUGUACGGGUGUUUGUCUCAUGCUCUUGGUUUGUGUUGGCCUCUGUUGAACAGAAUUAUAAUGAAUUAUUUUCUGGCUGUUUUGUUGAAAGAAAGACAAAAACCUCUCCAUCUGAUUGAAACAUAUUUUUCUCAGGUCUGAUCACCACUUUUUAUUCUGUAAACGUUUCUGUUGUCGCCCCGUGAGAGUGGCGACCCCACGUUAUAACACUAAUUGCCUUUAUGUCUUGUGCCUUUGGUUUAAUGUAACUUGUAUAUUAAUGUAAGUAAUUAUUUUUACUGUUAAGUUAAUUUAACGAUGAGAUGAUCUUACCUAAGAGAGACAAAUAUUUUCCAAACAUUUUUUACUGUAUUUGUUCUGUUUGUAUUUAUUGACAACAAGAGUACAUUAAAACACUGAUGAUAU